CCUGUUUCUUUUAUUUCCAAUAAGUGCUUCGAACCCCCAGUACCAAACCAGUGUCAAAUUGGGCCAAUGGGAUGUAUUCGAUCAUCUAAAAAAAAUCCCCCUGACCAAAAAAAAAUCCCAAUAGAAUCCCCGAAAGAAAAUCGUGUGAGAUCACAUUCCCUCGAUUCGCCGAGACUCAAGGCCAUUUAACCUAGGUGAAAGUCAAAGUUACUGAUAAAAACCGAAGUGAAUAACGAAGUGCCAUAGUUGUAUCGAGUUACCCGAGCAGCUGUUAACCAUUUAAUCAUCAAUCCAAUGUCAUAUUUAAAUUUUUUGUUGGAUCAUUCGUGCUGUUCAGGGUUGGAGAAGAGUGUCAACAUUUCAGGGGAGAGUCUGGAGUAUUUUCCAUAGUCUUUCGAGAGUCUAGGGCACUCCGGGGGUGGACAGCUGCCGAGACAUAUUUGGAGGACAUUUUACUCUCAAAACUCGACAUUUUCGUCUUUCGUGGGGCUGAGGGCCAACAUAUGGAUCCCCAGGUGGAGUCGAGGGACUGAGUCUGGGGUGUGAUCGAGGGUUUCCUGAGGAUUCUGGAGGAAUGAAGUCGAUGGCCAGCAAUGGGUCGCCCUCUGGGUAUGGCAGGGAUAUAGCGGAGAGACUGGGCCUGGGGCCUGAGGUCAGGGAACUCAAGCUUGGUCCUACCUUCACUGGAGAUCGAGGGACUGCUUUUCACACUCUCAAAUACGAUUUCAAACCAGCCUCUGUAGACGUAUCGAAGAUGGCAACAGUAGAGGUGGGCUCCAACCACAUGAUGACAGUGACAGUGCCCCACCUGGACGGUGCAGGCAUACCCCACACAGUGUUCAAAGGCUCCCAGCGUCCCUACAGCAAAGAAUGUGUUCUGAUAAUCGACAGGAUAACUGGGGAGAUCACCCUGGAGAAGCUCUCCUCCAACAUUCAAGUCAAGAAGACGAGAGUGGAGCCCAAGUCCCAACUGCUAGCAGUUCCAACGUCCAACAGCACAAACUCCUCGGGUAGGCCCCACACCCCUGUGGAGACGAAAAGAAGUCCAACGCAUGGGAGAUCCACGAGUAGAACGAAAGUCUCCACUGGGAAGAAGAGGGAGCCCACUGUGCAACUGCACCCCAAGACCCAGCAGCCAAGUCCCAAGGGAAUCUCCCCUUAUCAUGGGAAGAGUCCUCCCAAUGUAAAUAGCAACAGUUCUCCAGCGCAAUCAAUGGGGCCAUCGACUCACCCGAGCCUCCCCAUGAUCGGUGCUGACUUUGAGGACUUUCCAGCCCCUGCUCAGCCCCCCAAAGCCACCUCACCCCCCUCAAAACCCUCCCCAAACUUCGACACUGGAACCACCACUGUCAUCUCCCGGGACCAAGUUGGAGUUCUCAGUGAAUCCAGCUCCAGUAGCUCAAGCUCCUCUAGUUCUGAUAGUGAUUCUGACGAGGAAACUCACAGACCCAUGACUGCCAAUGGACAUGCAAAUGGACAUACAUCGUCUCCAAAUCCAAUUCUGAUGAACAUGCCAGAUAAUCUAUUGAACGAUGAUCUUCAAUUAUCUGAAUCUGAAUCAGAUAGCGAUUAAUUUUUCCUGUAAUCAAAUCUAAAUGAAUUCAUGGAAACGAUUGGAGAUGGUUGAUUAUAUAGCCAAAAGACGAUAAUCGUUAUGAAAAAUUAUAUAUAUAUUUUUGCUAAAUUGAGUUAGGGUGUUCGGCGUUUUAUCAUCAAUUUUAUUUUUAUUUCUGUUCGUUUUAAUCGAAAAAAAACGUUCGUUUUUCUCUUAUAUCGUAGUGUGUAAUUGUCAGCUCAAACCUUUGAAUAAAGCAAGGUCUUGCCAAGCAUUA